AUGCUUGGUGUGUUUCUAAUAAUCUGGUCUGGCAUCACUGCCUCCUUCGGUCUCUACCUGCAGUCUCGCUGCGCCCGAUACCUCGACCGCGGAUCGUCGUCCUUCUUUGCGAUAUCCAAAAUUACCUACCCGAACGCCGCCAUCCUCUUCGAUACGGCCAUUGCGAUUAAAUGCUUCGGUGUCGGCGUCUCCUACAUGAUCAUCAUCGGCGACCUGAUGCCCAAGGUCUGCUUGGGGCUGUUCAGCGGCUUGGCGGAGACUAGGCCGUACUUGGGGGAGAGAAACUUCUACAUCACGCUGUUUAUGCUUGUCAUCAUCCCGCUGAGUUUCCUCAAGCGGUUGGAUUCGCUCAAGUACACCAGCGUGGUUGCGCUGGUGUCGAUUGGCUACUUGAUUGUGCUCGUUGUCUACCACUUUGCCGACAGCCCGCUCAAGGACACCAGCGACAUCCGGGUUGUGAAGCCCGAGAGCACCGUAGCAGUGCUCAGUACUCUGCCUGUUGUGGUAUUUGCGUAUACAUGCCACCAAAACAUGUUUGCCAUUAUCAACGAAAUCAAGGAUAACUCUCCUGGCAGCAUUAUCGGCGUCGUCGGCUCCAGCAUUGGCUCUGCCGCUAGCAUCUACAUCCUCGUAGCAAUCACCGGCUACCUUACCUUUGGCAACGCCGUUACAGGCAAUAUUAUCCAAAUGUACUCUACGACUGUCGCGUCUUACAUCGGACAGCUGGCCAUCGUGGUCCUUGUCACGUUUUCGGUUCCCUUGCAGGUUCACCCCUGCCGCGCCUCCAUCGAUGCCAUUUUGAAGUGGCGCCCCAACCGUAGCUCGGGUGCCAACGGCCGCUCGACUUCGCCUGGAGGCCGCCCUCUGCUGCCAUCUUCGGCGUCUGUCCGCUCGGAUCACGGGUCUACUUCUUCCAUGAGCGACAUUCGCUUUGCGAUCCUUACCAGUGUCAUUCUCAUUCUUGCUUAUAUCACCGCCUUAUCGGUUCACAACCUCGAGAGAGUGCUUGCCUAUGUCGGCAGCACUGGCUCCACCAGUAUCAGCUUCAUUCUCCCGGGUCUCUUCUACUACAAGAUCAGUGACCCGGAUAGUGUGCACCAGCAGCGUCUCCACAAGGAGGACGACGACGCCGAUAUCCCUUCAGACGAGGAGGAUGAAGCUACCAUGAUCAACAGCAUUGCCAGCCUCGGCAGCGCAGCUAGCGUUGUCGUCAACCCCCGCAAGUGGAACCGCAAGUGGCGCUGGGAUCUGGAGCACAUUGAGCAGGACCUGCUCCGCAAGCUUGCGCUGUCACUCGCUAUCUACGGCGUAUGCGUCAUGGUUGUGUGCCUUAUCAUGAACAUUGUCUUCCACGCGUCGCAUUGA